AUGAAGAGUUACACGGUGCCACUGGCCGUGGCUGUCUUUGCGACCGGUAUCUGGAUUCUUCUUUCCAGGCCAGACGCAGGGUUCGAUCCGCAAAAGGUGCUUGCAAAGGGUCGCGCAAUCACUUCUCGGUCCUGGGAGUUUGGGACGUUGACAGAGGCUCUCCUCGAGUUCUACGAUCGCGAGCUGACAGUCUUUGGACCGGACCCUUUCCCUCACGGACGUAUUCCUAAGGUCGCGGAUCCGUCGAAAGUCCAGGGUCUUGUGUAUGCGAGUGCUGUGAUAUGGACCAAUGGCUCGGAUCUACUGGUUGAUGGCGAAGGCUCGCCCUCGGAUCCUGCGUCUCUGGGCACAGCCGCUUUGCUUCUAUCUCAUCACAAUGGCACCUAUCUCGAGGCUGCAAAGCGGCAGGCCGAAUACCUGGUGAAAAAGGCCACGAGGUUCCCUGUUCAUGUCAUGUACUCGGCCAUCUCGCACCGCGAUGAGCCUCCCCAACUGUGGGGCGAUUUCGUCUACAUGGUGCCUCCAUUCCUUGCGUACUACGGCGUGGCAUUGCAGGACAUGCAGCUCUUGGAAAUGGCCGUGCAGCAGUGUCAGCUCUACGACGCCGUGUUGAGGACAAGCAUCUCGCUGGAGGACAGGCAAACUUGUCAUGGCCUGUGGAGGCAUAUCGUCUCAGAACCUCCACAGUUGGAGCCGGGAAUAUGCUGUUCAGAUCCAGAUGUAUGGCUCACCAGUAAUGCAUGGGCUGUAGCAGGGAUGACUCGAGUCCUGGCCACAAUUCUGAAGUGGCAGCCUCCCCCAGACAGUCCGAUAACGGGGUCCCAAUACGUUGAAUUCAGGGCACGGAGCACAAAGGCUCUGACGAAUAUCAUUGAUGAUAUGCUGAAAUGCACCAUGGAGCAGAGCCCGGAUGAGAAGUCGGGUCUUCUGAAGAACUAUCUGGAUGGACCGUCACAUCGAUCUUCUGCCUGGGCUUAUGGAGAGGCUGCCGGCACUGCACUGACGGCUUCCGCAGUCUAUAGGCUGGCGGUCCUCCUACCAGAGGUCUAUGGGGUUUCGCGCUUUCUCGACUGGGCUGAACAGAACCAUCGCGCAGUCGCCAGACAUAUCAGCCACGACGGAAGAGUUGAUCCUGUGGCGGAUGUCGGACAUGUCCCCAGUAAACGUCCUGUCAAUCAGACCAGUGAGGGGCAGAGUAUGGUGAUCCUGAUGUACAGUGCGUGGCGCGACUGCGUGACUGCCAGGGUCUGCAGCCGCCGUCUGCACCUCUGGGAUUCCAUGUCGAGGAGACUGACACUGUGGUGGUAG